AUGUUCCGCUCUCUGGAGAAGGCUGCCAACGCAAAUCACACGAUGUCACAGUUCCACUUGGCUGGAUGCUAUCGCAAUGGUCUUGGAGUCGGCCAAGACCACACCAAAGCUGUCGAUAUGUAUCGCAAGCUUGCGGAAUGUGGAAUGGCACAAGCCCAAAUCGCUCUCGGUCAAUGCUACGAGAUUGGCAAAGGUGUCGAUCAAGCCUAUGACACUGCCAUCGAGUGGUAUUCCAAGGCUGCCGACCAAGGCAGCUACAGCGACAGCCAGUUCUGGAUUGGAGAUUGCUACUAUCAUGCCCUGGGAGUAUCGCUUGACUACAAGAAGGCAUUCGAGUGGUUCAUCAAGUCGGCCAACCAAGGCAACUCAUAUGGACAGUGGAAGGUUGGUUAUUGCUACUACAAUGGACACGGAGUCGCCGAGGACAACGCUAAGGGAUUCAAGUGGUUUCAAAAGUCGGCCGAGCAGGGCAAUCGAUACGGACAAUGGUGGCUCGGCGACUGCUUCCAUAAUGCCUAUGGUGUGCCUCAAGAUAUCGACACCGCUAUCUCCUGGUGGCUCAAGUCCGCCGAGCAGGGCCAAGAAGAUGCCAUCAACGACCUCAAUUUCCUUGGCAAGUGGCCCUGA